CCAAAGUCUGUCGGUGCAAGUCGGCCAGAGACAGCAGAUAGUACAAACCUAAAGGCCCAGACCUUUACGGCAGCCAGGUAACUACAGGUUUGGGCUACACAACAACAGCCAACAAUGGCAGAGCAGUGGGGAGAUGCAAUCUUCGCAGCUAGGCGAAGGGGAGAUGAAACGACGAGGGAAUCAAUGUUUGUAUAUACAAACAGCAAUAACACCAGGGAUCCCUUUGAGGGACCCAACUACCACAUUGCCCCUCGAUGGGUGUACAACCUAGCAACAGUGUGGAUGUUCUUUGUGGUCGUUGCGUCGACCUUCACCAAUGGCCUGGUGCUGGUGGCCACAGCCAAAUUUAAGAAGCUCCGUCACCCUCUUAACUGGAUCCUGGUCAACCUCGCUAUAGCUGAUCUAGCAGAGACACUUUUGGCCAGCACCAUCAGUGUCACCAACCAGUUUUUUGGCUACUUUAUCCUCGGACACCCCAUGUGUAUUUUUGAAGGCUUCACCGUGUCUGUAUGUGGUAUCGCUGGUCUGUGGUCUUUGACUGUCAUCUCUUGGGAAAGAUGGGUGGUUGUCUGCAAACCAUUUGGAAAUGUCAAGUUUGAUGCUAAAUGGGCAUCUGCUGGUAUCAUCUUCUCCUGGGUUUGGUCUGCUAUCUGGUGUGCACCACCCAUCUUUGGCUGGAGCAGAUUCUGGCCUCAUGGUCUAAAGACCUCCUGCGGGCCUGAUGUCUUCAGCGGAAGUGAGGACCCUGGUGUCCAGUCCUACAUGAUUGUCCUGAUGAUCACCUGCUGUAUCAUCCCUCUGGCCAUUAUCAUUCUCUGCUACAUUGCUGUGUGGCUUGCCAUUCGUACUGUCGCCCAGCAGCAGAAGGAUUCUGAGUCCACGCAGAAAGCAGAGAAGGAAGUGUCCAGAAUGGUGGUUGUCAUGAUCUUUGCCUACUGUUUUUGCUGGGGACCAUACACAUUCUUUGCAUGCUUUGCUGCUGCAAACCCAGGCUAUGCCUUCCACCCACUGGCAGCAGCCAUGCCUGCCUACUUUGCCAAGAGCGCCACCAUCUACAACCCCAUUAUUUAUGUCUUCAUGAACCGACAGUUCCGUGUAUGCAUCAUGCAGCUCUUUGGAAAGAAGGUAGAUGAUGGUUCCGAGGUGUCUACAUCCAAGACAGAAGUGUCCUCUGUGGCUCCUGCAUAAAUUGCACACCAGAUCUCAAAAGAAACGUCUUGACUCAGACAUGGGAAAAAAAGAUGACAAUGGGACUUUUUAUAUUUCUUGUUUACCCUCACCGUAUCUUGAUGAUUCUGCUUCCAUAUAUUUUCCUUGGAGUGAUGGGGAAAUACCUUGUUGCAUGACAGUAUGUGUUAACAUUACUUUCUCAAUGGCCCUGCGGCUUAAGAUCCACAGGAACAAUGUUACAGUUUUUAUGGUAAUCAUUUGUCACACAAUCAUUUGUCCAUUGGCUAUUCAGAAGGUUGUGCACCUAUAUACAGCACUUCAUUGUGGGAAUGUGACACUCAGUGUGAAUUAACUAACAGCGAAAAGAUAUUUCGCCUCAUUUUAAUGUACUAUUCUGAAUUAAGUUUAAUUUUGUAGCCAUCUUGCAAGAAAACAAAAAUGACAAAAAAAAAGUUUGAUAGAUAGAUGACUGCCCAUGUACAGCAUGUAAUAUGGUUCUAUUUUUUCUUUGAUGAAAAUAAAAAAGCAGCAAAAUAAA